CACGCAUUUGCAUGAUUAUAUACCACAAUGGUCAUCCUCCAGCCUCACCAAACCUCCAACAAACAAUCCAUGGAGACCCAGUCCAUGGCAACACAUCAUCUCCUCCUCCUCCUCCUCUGCUCAGCCCACUUCUUCCUCUCCCCCUGCCGCUCCGACCCCGAUCCCCUCCAGGACUUCUGCGUCGCCAACCUUCGAGCCAGCGACAUUACAGUCGAUGGAUUCCCCUGCAAACCAACCUCCGGCGUCGCCGCCGACGACUUCUUCUCCACCGUGCUUUCCAAAGAAGGCAACACGAACAACGUUUUCAGCUCCAACUUGACCUCCGCAAACGUCCUCAGCUUCCCAGGCCUCAACACGCUUGGGCUCUCCAUGAACCGAGUCGACUUCGCCCCUGGAGGUGUCAACCCCCCUCACUCCCACCCCCGUUCCGCCGAACUUGUGCUCGUCACCAAGGGUCGGUUGCUUGUGGGAUUCGUCAGCACAAGCAACGUAUUCUACUCUAGAGUUGUGAAGGCUGGUGAGAUUUUUGUGAUCCCCAGGGGGCUCGUUCACUUCCAGUAUAACGUCGGGAAGAAGAAGGCACUUGCGAUCACGGUGUUCAACAGCCAGUUGCCUGGGGCUGUGGUUGCUCCGUUGGCUUUGUUUGGAUCGAAGCCGGCGAUACCGAGCGAGGUGCUGGCCAAAGCUUUCCAGGUUGAUCAGCAGGUUGUUAAGCUAAUAAAGUCCAAAUUUGGAACUAGCUAGCUACUUCCUCAUCGAUCUCCUCUCCAGUGGAAUACUGCAAUUGUCAGUGGUUAAGGUUUCAGGAGCCUCUCAUUGCCAAAGAAGGUUGUUCUUUGUUGCUGCCUGCUCUUCUUUAUUGGAAGAUCAAGUACUCAUGGAUUACUUUGUUGCCUUAUGGCCUCAUAAGAAUUCCUUCUAUUCGUUACCGAACAAUUAUUUGGAUACUUCUAUCGAAAAAACGGGUAUUUGGAUAUAUGAAUUUAUUAUCUUCUGAUGUAAUAUGCUGACUGAGAAUUUGUUGUGUGUUAUGAAUUUUUUAUCCCCUCUCUA